GACUUGCGUCAAAAAGGAAUCAUUAAUUACUAUAAUUAAUUAUUGACGAAAGAAUUAAUUAGUAAUAGUUAAAGAACUUAGAUCGACACGCCUGAUUAAUCGACCCGCGAAAAUCGAGUUGGAAGAACGAGUAUCGAGUUUAAAACAAUCGAUCUUCACAUUACUCUCCUUGGUACGCAUGUUAUUGUUGACACGUCUGGAUGCCAACAGUCAUUGAGCAUGCGACAAUCGUUACUACUAAUUAUAAUUACUCUUGAAUGUGUCAUCUAUUAUUUUGUGAAGUGAUAACGAUUUCUCAAAGCGCAGAGGAAUUUCAACAAGUCGAAAGGACAAAUAGAUGUCGUGAUCACCUGUUGAAUGAUCACUGGUGAUUUUUUGUUUAUAAAAUUACAAGUGAAAAUUGAUUUUUUGAAAUUCUCACCUGAUUGGAUGGGAAAUUCGUCGGCGAAGGGGUACACUAGGCCACAGAGAAAAUUCACGAGUCAGUGUAGUCUAAGCAAUAUCAUCAGCUGCACUGGAACAACUGAAUUGGUUUACGAGGAAUGCAGGCCUUGGUCGAGGAUAUCCAGAAGGACAUGGAGUGAAGGAACACUGAAUGAUCCUCUGAAUUCAGCAAAAACUGCCUGGCCAGUGCCUCGAUUCGAAGCAAUAUUUCUUCCUGAAUUUAAAGUCAGAGAGGAGCCGAUAAGAAUUCAUUACACAUUCGUUGAAAUAAUAUCGAAAGGGGCCUAUGGAAGGGUCUACAAGGUUGAGGACAAGAAGGACAAGAAGAUUUACGCCCUGAAGAUGAUCAGUAAGUCCAGGAUCGUCGAGGAAAAUGCUGUGUCUCAGGCUAAACAAGAGGUGGCUAUUCAGAGGGCUGUAGGACAUCACCCCUUCAUCGCCCAUUCAGUCCAUCACUGGCAAGGUCGAAAAACCCUCUACAUCCUUACUGAAUUUGUUGGAGGUGGAGAGCUAUUCGAACUAGUCGAUGAAUACGUCACUCUACCUGAAGAAGUCGUGAGAAUUUACGUUGCUGAAAUAGCCCUAGCGAUAGAUUUCCUACACAAUGCUGGAAUUGUCCAUCGAGACAUAAAAGCAACGAACGUUCUUCUUGAUGAUGAUGGUCACGCGGUGUUAAUUGAUUUCGGCCUAGCAAAAUGGUUACGACCUCUUCACAGAACUGGCACCUUCUGCGGAACUCCAGAGUACAUGGCCCCAGAAAUAUUGAAAAGAGAGUACUAUGGGCACGAGGUCGACUGGUGGUCAUUGGGUGUCCUCACGUGUUUUCUACUCACGAAUAAGUAUCCGGUGACGACGAUUAAGGAGGCGUCAGAUGAGGAUAUUGACUUAGAAGUUGUUGCCGGUAUUUUACCUGAGGGGAUUGAGAUUUCUAGAGCAUCCGAAGAUCUCCUCAGGAGAUUACUACAACCCGACCCGAGAAUUAGACUCAAAUCUAUCCUGGAGCUGCAGAGGAUCGCAUUCUUCAUGGGUUUCAAUGUUCGGGAUUUCAGUCUAAAAGAGGUUUCUCCGUUCAGAUUUCUAGGUAGAAAACAGCCCCCACACUUCACUCGAAAGGCGCCAGACACAUUUAGAGACUUUGACUCGUUCAUUUGUGGCAGCACAAACAGGAAAUGGGAUUGAAACUCAUAUAAAGGGAUUAUAAAAUAAACGAAUACCUCAUCAUCACUCAUAAGUACAAUUGAUCGGCAGGAAGACAACGGAUGAGAGAAAUAAAACUCAAAAAUUCCGAAGAACACUUUUUUUUUCUUUGACGUCACUUGAUCUCAGUUUACAAAAGUUUUUCAUUUUUUUUUUUCUUAAUCUUUUUUUUGUCCAUUUUUGUCUUUAAGAAUAGUUAACAGUAUUUUUGUUACAAUUAUAUCUCAUUAAUAAUUCAUACAAUUAAUUAAUUCAUUGCGAUAGUCGAUAGUGCGUAAAAACUAAUAACAAUGGAACAUAAUAAAAAUAAUAAAAAUACAAAUUAGGGAUUAAAAACUUUGAUUGAAAAUUUCUCUUCGUCAAAUCGACGAAUUCAAAGUUGCUUUGUUAUUUUCCUUCGAGUUCUUUCUUUGUUUUCAGAUUUUCGCGUGGAAGAGUGCAUUACCAAUGAUUACAGUACAGUUAUUAUAUACAGUAGGUGUUUUUUUUCUUAAAAAUUAUUGAAUUUUCUUAAUCUCGAUAUAAUACAUUGUUUCGUUUAUUUUAGAGAAAUGAGAAGAAGAGAAAAUGUCACUUUUUCCGUUUUUUGUCGAUAUCUCGAGAACGGGAGGGGGCGAAGGAGGGGACGAGGGGAGUGAUCGUGUUAAAAAGGGCGGAAAAUUUUCGAUUGAAAAUUCUCAUAAUAAAUCCUGUUUCCCUGAGAAUUUUGUUUUUACUGCAUCUCCAUGGAUAAAGGGGCAAAACAGGUUUAUCUUUUUAGUCGGAAAUUUCCCUGGCUUUCUAAUGAGUUAUCACGAAAGGGCGUACCUCCAUGGGUUCUUAAGAUAUCUGGGAAAAACUUGGAAAUUAUUUUCAUUAAACAAAUCUCCUCAUUUCACUGUGUCACAAAAGGUUUGGGUAUUUACUCCAAUCGUUCUGGGGAGAUUUCCACUAUUGGAUCGCUCCGAGGGAGUCAAAAUGGCGACUGGCGAAAUGAAAGAUUUUCUGAAUUUUUUUUUAACUUGUUUUCUGGAUUUUUUCAUCAUUUUUUUCUGCUCUGGUAAUUGAAGGUUUUCGAUGCUACAAGCCGGCAGUUAAGAAAUUACAACCCUGUCACAUUAUGGAGAUAUAUAUCAAUAUUAAUGGCUCGCCGAAAAAAUAAAAAGAUUGUUUACUAUUUUUUGAAAAUUUUCAUCACCGAAAUGAGUGGAACUCAAUCGAAUUGUGAGUUUUCCGGAUUUUCCUUCAGUUUUCCCUGCAUUUUCCGAAUUUCUUCAUCACAAAUUUAGUCUUAACAUCAAGUUUUCCUUUUUCCUUUGAAAAAUCAAAAUAUCUGAAUAUUUGGAGAAAAAUUAUUUUCUCAUUUUCCUCCAGUUUCCAAGGUUUUUCCAUAAUUUUCCACGAAGAAAACCUCCCCACUACCUAUUCUUCACCGUUUGUACACAAAAUAUCGACUUUUCGAACCCGGAAAAUUCUUCGUGCUUUCCCCGAUUUUCCCACAAUUUUCCGUGAAUUUCCCUGCAUUUCCAUUCACACAAACGAACUUCAUCCCUACAAAUUUAUUAAUUGCUUCAUCAUAUAUAUAUAUAUAUAUAUUUAUGUAUAUAUUAUAUAUAUGCAGCAAAGGUAGCAUUUUAGCAUUUCUUACUCGUAUCGCAAGUUCUUUAUAUUAUUUAUAAUUUAUUUACAGAGAGUUAUGAAUUGUUUCACUGUUAUCAUUAAUUAAUCAAUUGAUCGUAAGUAUAUCAUACAUUUUUAUAUAUUUAUAUGUUUCACAAAAUCACACAUUUCUUUCUUUUUUCCGUUGCCUGUGAUUUUGGCCCGGGAAAAAGGAAAAAAACGAAUUUGUUCUAAUGCUCGUUAAAUUUGUUUUCUCAUUAGAUUUAUUUAUCGCAUUUAAAAUUUUCCUUCAUUAUUGCGACUACACAGUAGUCGUUGGUGAUUGACCGAUGGAACGAGAGCCUUUGAAUAUCAUUUUUUUGGGUUUUUUUCCUUUUGUUUAGUGAAGGGAGUUGAAACGUUGGAAAAUUGAAUUUUCAUGCCGAAAAAUUCAAUCUCACGCUCUUCACAAAUUUCAUUCUCAUUUAAAUAUUAAAAACGUUCUUCUAUGUCUCAACUACAGUAAUUCAAACAGUAACUCCUUGGUGAUGCUGAAUAUUCACCGAGAAGGGGAGAAAAUAUCGAUUUUACUCGAUUGUGUGAUUGAUCAAGGGGAUAAAUGAAUUUUCAUUAAUUUCCUAGUGUAAUAAUUAUCGAAAAUUAAUGAGAAUGACUCAUCCCCUUUAUAUUAAUAUCUCCAACCCAGAACUCACGUCCAAAGAUCACAUGUCCCUCAUCCCUUAUUACAUAAUUUUAUUAAUUUUUUUCGUUAUCAAUAAAUCCAAAAUGGCCGCACAGAGAAAGCGCCUUACUCGUACAUUUACGUCUCGUUGUUUAUUGUGUUUUCAUUAUUCAACACAAAAUUCAUUAUUUUUCUAUUUAAAAAUUGGUAAAUUCACUUCAACUCCAGUUCUCAAAUAUUUCGUCACUUGAUAAUACCUCAAAUGAUCGAAAGACCUCAAUAGCCUUUUCAUAAUUAAAACAAAUUCAUUUAUUUUGAGUAUUUUUCAAUUUGUUUAGAAAAUUAUAGUAAUUGUUAUCGUCGUGAUAAUCAAGUCAAUGAAUCGUCAUUGAUUUGCUUGAGGAAUUCAAUCGGCCAUUGAUUCAUGCGAGUAAUUAACUAAAAC